AAUCUUUUCCUUUUUGGUGGCAAAAUAUUAAUACAUAGGUUAUUAAACAAAUUUGAUGAAGGUUGUCUCUUUAUUGAGUUUCUCCAUAAGUCUUAUUCAAGCUUUAGAUUUUUAUAUUUUUGCUAAAUUUGGAGUGGUGUAUGAGUAGUUUGACUUUGCAUAAUGGUUAGUUUUGGAAGGUUUAGAUCUGUUCUGAGUUGUGUUUAUAGAUUGAAUAGAAUUAGAUUUUGAUGCAAGAAAGUAGUGGAAGUGAUUAGAAGAUAUUGAGAGUAGCUUUUCAAUGGGGAAUACCUGUGUAGGACCUAGCAUUUCCAAAAAUGGGUUUUUUCAAUCGGUUUCCGCUGCAAUGUGGCGGUCACGGUCACCUGAGGACUCGGUUUCUAAUAGUACCCAUGGUAAUGUAGAUUAUGUUGGUGAGGGAACAGGUAAGGAACCUGAAUCCCCCUUGCCAGUUCAAAACAAACCCCCAGAACAUGUGACGAUGCCUAAAGAAGAUAAUAAACCCGAAACCAAACCAGAAGAUCCUGCAAAACCAAAGAAAGGCCCUCAAAUGAAGAGGGUGUCAAGUGCAGGACUCAGGGCUGAAUCAGUCUUGCAGACAGAAACAGGUAACUUCAAGGAAGUUUUCAGUUUGGGGAGGAAACUAGGACAAGGCCAGUUUGGUACAACUUUCCUUUGUGUGGAAAAGGGAACUGGUAAAGAGUAUGCGUGUAAAUCAAUUGCGAAGAGGAAGUUGUUAACUGAUGAGGAUGUCGAGGAUGUAAGGAGGGAAAUUCAGAUAAUGCACCACUUGGCAGGACACCCGAAUGUUGUAUCUAUCAAAGGGGCAUAUGAGGAUGCAGUUGCAGUUCAAGUUGUUAUGGAACUAUGUGCCGGUGGUGAGCUUUUCGAUAGAAUUAUUCAACGUGGUCACUAUACAGAAAGAAAGGCAGCUGAACUUACGAGAACUAUAGUUGGGGUUGUGGAAGCUUGUCAUUCUCUUGGGGUGAUGCAUCGUGACCUUAAGCCUGAAAACUUUCUUUUUAUCAGUCAGGAGGAGGAUUCGCUUCUCAAGACAAUUGACUUUGGGUUAUCAAUAUUUUUUAAACCAGGGGAAAAGUUUAAGGAUGUUGUUGGUAGCCCAUAUUAUGUUGCUCCAGAAGUUCUUAAAAAGCGUUAUGGCCCAGAAGCAGAUGUCUGGAGUGCUGGUGUGAUCCUUUACAUCCUAUUAAGUGGAGUGCCUCCCUUUUGGGCAGAAACCGAGCAAGGGAUAUUUGAACAGGUUCUGCAUGGUGAUCUUGACUUUGACUCUGACCCUUGGCCCAGUAUCUCUGAAAGUGCAAUAGAUUUAGUGCGGAAAAUGCUUGUUCGAGACCCUAGAAGACGGCUAACUGCACAUGAAGUUUUGUGUCACCCUUGGGUACAAAUUGAUGGUGUCGCUCCUGACAAGCCUCUUGAUUCAGCAGUCCUUAGUCGCUUGAAGCAAUUUUCUGCUAUGAAUAAGCUAAAGAAAAUGGCUCUUCGAGUGAUUGCAGAGACCCUAUCCGAAGAAGAAAUAGCUGGUCUGAAAGAAAUGUUCAAGAUGAUAGAUACAGAUAACAGUGGUCAGAUCACUUUUGAAGAACUUAAGGCUGGAUUAAAACGGGUUGGAGCUAAUCUUAAGGAGUCUGAAAUUUAUGACCUCAUGCAAGCUGCUGAUGUAGAUAAUAGUGGAACAAUUGAUUAUGGAGAGUUCAUAGCUGCAACAUUGCAUCUGAAUAAAAUUGAGAGAGAAGAUCAUCUAUUUGCUGCUUUUUCGUAUUUUGACAAGGAUGGAAGUGGCUAUAUUACUCCAGAUGAGCUUCAACAAGCUUGUGAGGAAUUCGGCAUAGAGGAUGUUCGCCUAGAAGAAAUGAUCCGAGAAGUUGAUCAAGACAAUGACGGGCGCAUAGAUUACAAUGAAUUUGUGGCCAUGAUGCAAAAUGGAACCGUCUCAGGCCCUCCCAAGAAAGGCCUACAAAAUAGUUUCAGCAUUAACUUUAGAGAAGCUCUAAAACUUUAGCAAUGUAGACAGUGGGUGAGUUCUCAGUUUCUUUCUUAUUUAAUUUUUGAAGAAUUUAAGGUUGCAUAGUAAGGAGUGAAAUUGCUCAUCUGAGAAGCAGAUAGAGGCCUUUCCGACAUGCAUUCGAUCAAAUUUUCAUUUUAUAUGAAUUUUGCAGCCAAAAGCACACUAUAUUGUCGUAUAUUUUUUUGUGGUGGAAUAGCUCGAAUUGUUCUUUGAUUUAUGAUUAUUCCAGUCAUUGAACCAUGUUGGAUGAACAAAUGAUUGUCCUUAAAGAUGCUGCAAUUUGGUUGUUUUAUGAUUUUGUAUUGAUUUACCAAAUUUUAAUGAGUUAAAUCUCUGUAUAAUUUCAUAGAUUAUAUUUAUAGUUUUGAUAUAUAUAAUCUUCAAACAUGGUGA